AAGAAAUUGACUUUAAAUUAGAUUAAACUGUGUGUCAAGUUGUGUCAAAAGAGAGUGUUAUACAUAUACAUGUAUGUAACAAUUCAAGCUUCAAGUUUCUCCAUAUAGAAAAUAUAAGUGCAUUAUUAUUAAUAGUUAUAUUAUUAAGACACAAUGUUGAUGAGUAGUACACAUCUCAACCAAACAUUUCUCAGCUUAUUAUUUCUUUUGGUGCUGCUGUGUUGGACUAAUGCUGCUAACAUCACUUUGGGUUCAUCACUCACUGCAAAACUUAAUCAUCAAAAUGAGGAGUCAUCAUGGCUAUCUCCAAAUGGAGAUUUUUCAUUUGGCUUUCAGCAAAUUCAAAAAGAUGGCUUCCUUCUUGCUAUCUGGUUCAACAAAAUACCCGAAAAAACCAUUGUUUGGUCAGCCAAUAGAGAUAAUCUAGUGCAACAAGGCUCUAUUGUUGAACUAACCAAGCUUGGUUCAUUAUCUCUUAGAGACUCUACAGGAAAAGAAGUAUGGAGUACUGGUUUUGGAGUUGACCAUGCAGCCAUGCUUAACACCGGGAAUUUCGUGCUAGCCAACAAGGAUUUUAGCAAUAAUUGGGAGAGUUUUAAUGAACCAACAGACACAUUGUUACCUACACAAGUUCUUACAACAACUAAACAACUUAUUGCUAGUUACUCUAAGUCAAACUACUCAAGAGGGAGGUAUCUUAUGAAAAUUGAUGAUGGAGAUCUUGUGUUGUUCAGCAGAAGACCUCCAAAGGAUCAUGAAUCUAUUUAUUGGCCAGAGAAUUUGAUUGAUGGGAGAAGUACUGGCCAAGGAAUCAGCUUUCAAGUGAUGUUUAACAAAUCUGGUUCUAUUUAUGUCCAAGCAAGAAAUGAAACCGUACUUAAAUGGUUGUCACAAUCAAACUCUAGUUCAUCAACAUCAGGCCUCUAUCAAAGGGCUAUUCUUGAAUAUGAUGGUGUUUUCAGGCAUUAUGUCUAUCCAAAAGAUGAUGAUACUCUAAACUCUACUGCUUGGCCUCUCAGGAAAUGGUCUCAAACUUCUCAAGCCAUACCCGAAAACAAAUGUCUAAAUUUUCGGUCGCCUGUAGGAUCUGGAGCUUGUGGAUACAAUAGCUACUGCAGUAUAGACAAUGAUGGCAGAACAAGUUGCUAUUGCCCCAAUGGUUACACCUUCAUUGAUUCGAAUGAUAAGAUGAAAGGGUGCAUACCAAUUUUUGAAGCACAAAGUUGCAACGAAGAUUUAGAAGAUUACAAAAACUUUUAUAUUGAUAGCAUUGAUUUCUUGAACUGGCCUUACGGUGAUUAUGAGAACUUUCGAUCAGUGUCUGAGGAUUGGUGCAGAAAUGCUUGCUUAGUUGAUUGUUUCUGCCCUCUUGCCAUUUUUGCAGGAAACAUAUGUUAUAAAAUAGCAGCUCCUUUAACAAAUGGGAUGAUGGAUUCAAGUAUUCAAGGAACAAAAAGUCUAGUCAAAAUACGAAAAGGUAACUCUACUGCUUCCAAGCAAUGCAACAACUUAGAUUCGAAAAAAAAAGUAGACAAAACAACACUGAUAGUCAUUGGAUCAGUUAUUAUAAGUAGCUCUGCUGUUCUUAAUAUCCUACUGCUAAUUACCUCAUUGGGAAUCAAGCUUUGA